ACUCCGAAGUUGACUGAAGGAGGUUGCGGGAAGUUUGUCACCUUUCUUCGUAAAAUGAAAAAAUAAAGUACCUCUUAUUGUAUAUAUUUAAAAAGAGGAGGCUCUGAAUAAAUGGCAGCAGUCGAAGUGGUACAGUACGGACGACGAAAGGGGAGAAGUAGAGAAAGCACACCAACACAAAUGCUGACCCAGCAACAUGUACCUGUUGACUUUCACGAUCUUCAACAGGUCACCAUUCUACCAAAAGCUGAAUGGCAAAGGAUUCAGGAGAACAUCAACAAAGUUAACAGGGAGGCUGAAUGGUUACAACAAGUAAGGUGUGAAAAGGAAAGUCUGCAUGAACGUUCUAAGGAAGUUGUUAAAAACUGGUCAAAUACCAUUGCUGGUCAAAGACAAAAGAAACUUGAAGAAAAAAGAAUAUGGGAAGAGCAGGAAGAGGAAGAGAGAAGGAAACUAGAUUUAGAGGAAGCUCAGCUUAAGGCUGCCAAGAGGAAAGAAGCCAUUGAACAAGCAAAAACACUCCAGUACUACCAGACCGACAGAGUCAAAGGAUUCCACAGUGCCCUUUUGCUUUCUGAAGUUAUCAAGGAAAGAGACGCUCAGGUUGAGCUGAAACAGAAGAAACUAAAUGCCAUGAAAAAUAUAGACAGUGAUAUUCUUGGUCGGAUGCAGCGAGAACGUGAGGAAGCGAUAUAUGAAGAUCAGCAGAAGGCACUGAAACGCUUCCUUGAUCAAAAGGCUACUUCUGAAGCACAGAUGGAACAGAUAAAAGCUAAACAGCAAGCAAAAGAAAAAGAUACAUUAGAAGAUCAAAAGGAAGCAGAAGCCAUUAAGUUGCAGACAAGGCUAUAUGAGUGGGAACAAAGCAAAUUAAAACAGCUGAAGGAUGAAGAGAAGAAGCAAUUAAUGGAAUCUCAUAAGGAGCACAUAUCAAACAAGGAGCUUAUGAAAGCAAUUGAGAAACAGAAACAAGAUGAAGAACAAAAAAUGAUUCAACUUUUUUCAGAAGCAAAACAAAAGAUGACAAAAUUGAGAAAAGAAAAAGAAGCUGAACUAUUCAGGGAAAAGCAGGAACAACAAGAUCAAAUGACUGACCUCCUAGCGGCACAAAUCCAGCAGAAGCAAUUCAAUGAUGAUGAGAUAAUUGCAAAAGCAGUGGCAGAACAAAAAGAGAAAUUUGAAAAGGAAGUAAAAGAAAAGGAAGCAAAGAGGACAGAAGAGCUGAAACUGAUUUCUGAGCACCGAUACAGAACGGUUAAAGAAAAAGAAGAAAAGAAAAAGCAGGAAAAGCUGCAGGCUCUGGAGGCUCUCUACACAAAGAAAGAAUCAGACAGAGAAUUUUUAUCCAAGCAGUGGGAAAAGGAGCAUAAAGUUAAAAUGGAAAACAAAAACCUUCAGGAUGUUUUAAUCCAUCAAAUGGCAGAAAAGCAGGAACAAUCUCGGCGUCAAAGAGUACAACAGCUGGAGUACGACAAGCAAAACGCAGCUCUCAACAUCGCUGAAGAGAAACAGUUCCAAGAGUACGCAAAUGAAAUGAUCGAGGCCUCCAAAAGGGCUGAAAGAAACGUGUAUGCCCUUCAUAAAGCAGCCAGAGGCGGCAUUGGUGGUGGCCUUGGCCCAGUGGUCGGAGGACUGAGACCGAGUUACCUAACCCAAGACAAUGUUGGAGUCCAGCUCCCAAAUUAUAAUCGCACCAGUACACAAGACAUUAAACUGCUCCAUGACACUGGAAACAUACAGCAAUCUAAAAAAAGACUGGGCUUCACUUGGUAAUUAAAUCGGGGGGCCUUUAUUUUAUAUAUGGCACAUUUUGCCAGUUAUAUGUAUCUCAAGGUGCUACAAGUUGUAUAUGUUAAACUUAAUUCCUAUUUUUCUAUACCUGCAUUCAGGCAAGUUAUGAGACUCGUUCUGGGUCCUAGAGAAUGAAACAGUACAGAUAAGCUGGCAUCGUUUUAAUGUUAUAUUAUGCCAUUUAUACUCGACUCAGUCUCCAAUACCUUAUUUGUACCUUAAAUGAUUCAUUCAGGUUAAAGCUAUAAGUCAGUACAGCAUGCUUUACAGAUACAGAAUAACAUUCUACUAGUGAAACACACAAUCCUAAAACAAAAUGCAAAGAACUUGCACUUGAUUUUGAAGUGAAAAUUUUGAUUAUCAAUAGGCUUGUCGGGAAAAGGCUUCAACUAUAAAUAAGCUUUUCUGCCCUCCAGUAACGGGCCCACUAGGUUUCCGUCACUUCAGUUUUUUUCAACUUCCAAGACAUGUCAGGUCAUAAGCUUUCGAUUCAGACCAAGAUCAAGGUUUUGGCCCCAUUGUCAUGCGAUUACUCACAAACCAGAUAUUAACAAUUUAUAUUCCUAUACAGAUAGAUAUUAAUUGAACUUGUGUAAUGGUAGAUUAUGUAUCCUGCUUAGAGCCUUACAGAGUUUUAGCUCAAACAGACAAAAAAUUGUGUUUUAACAGUCCAGUGCCGCAGCCUCAGCUUUACAUGACCUUCAAAUUACAAUCCGGCCUGGAGUUCUACAGCAGACACCCAGUUCUUAAACAUGACUUAUUCAUAGGGUCAAUAUUGUCACAUAUUGUCAUUUUUUACAUUCAUAUAGCACUUUUCUCAGUACUCAAAGCGCUUUACAUAGUGAGCGGGUAGCCACUCCAAACACCACCUAUGUGCACCAUCCACCUGGAGGAUGAGACUGCAGCCAUUUUUGCUCUAGAACACUCAUCGUACAUUAACUAUUAGGUGGUGAAGUGGUGAGGGACAAAGCCAAUUGGAGACAGGGAUCUUUUAUGGCCACAGGGAGUAAGGACCUCAGUUUUACAUGUCAUCUGCACAGGGAUCCACAUUCAGACCACCGUGUAAGUGCCCCCCCCCAAGCCGGCCUCACCAAUACCUGUUCCAGCCACAACCUCAGAACCCAAGCUCUUCCUGGUUGAUCUCCCAUCUAUGUGCCGGCUGAGCCUGAACAUGCUUGGUUUCAGAUGGAUGACCACUUCUGAAGUGCUGGUGGCAUGGCUACAAAAUAUAAUGAAAUUCAUACUAGCAAGAGCUAAUCAACACGUAAUGCGUCACAACGAUUAAAAAGUACAACUACCUUACCAUGAGACUUCGGUCUUCCAUAUCUGAACAAAAUCUAACUACUAUCAGUUUGAUCAGUAAACACUGCUGACUCUCCAACAUGAAGUGCUGUAGUUCAAUAAAAAAUAGAAAUGCAGAACGUAAUUACGCAAUAAUAUCCUGGAUAAAUAAAUACGUUUAAGUGAAUUAGACUGAAUAAAUUAAUCAGGUAACUCAAAAUCGUUUCUAAGGUUGAUAAGUGUCACUUAAUAAAAAGGCCAUUCCCAAAAAUACUUAAUAUCACCAUAACAUAAAACAAAUACUUUAAUGCUAAAGUAAAUAUAAUUUAAAAAAAUAAAUAAUGAAAGUAGUUAGGCAAAUUGCGAAGCUAAGAAAUUAAAUUGAAAUGACCUUCACAUUGGACAGAAUGAAACGAAACUGUACAGGAAGUGGUGCGUCUCCCUAGUGGUCCCUUACGGUGUCAAACUUGCCGGAAGUAAUCACUGAAUAUAAAAAGACUAAUGGGAGCUCUUUGUUACUCAGCAAUAAUAAAUAAAUGAAUUAAAAGCAGUUUCAACACAGA